AUGUUGAUUGAAAACUGUCCCAUCAUCAGCGUGAACAUUCGGGUUUGGCUCUUCUGGGGUUACCUCCGGCAGACCAAAUGGUUCAGUUAUGUGCUCGGUUGUAUUCCGGUUGCGGUUCUAAACUUGUUUCAGUUCAUGAAUUUAUUCCACAUGAUUUUAUUCGGCACCGGCGACAUUAGCAAGAUCAUAAUCGACGGUUACUUUACGGUGUUGUAUUUCAAUUUGGUGCUCCGUACCUCGUUCCUAGUGACAAAUCGGCAAAAGUUUGAACUUUUCUUCGAGGGAAUAUCCGCUGAGUACGAGCGACUGGAGAAGCAGAACGAUAUCCGGUGUCUUCUGGAUCAGUCAACCCGUCGGGCCCGGAUUCUGUCGAAGUCAAACCUUUGGCUCGGUGCGUUCAUCAGCGCCUGCUUUGUGACCUAUCCUCUGUUCUCGGCGGAACACGUGCUCCCGUACGGAGUGUUUGUACCGGGCGUUGAUGUGCACGCGACACCAAUUUACGAAAUUGUGUUUAUCUUGCAAAUAUAUCUCACCUUUCCGGCCUGCUGCAUGUACAUCCCGUUCACCAGCUUCUACUGCACGUGUUCGCAGUUCGGAUUAGUGCGGAUUGCAGCCCUGAAACAGUCUCUGCAGAAACUCCACCAGCACAACUGGUCCGAGCAGGCGUUGUUUACCAAACUGAAACAGUGCCUGGAAUAUCACAAAGAAAUUAUCAAAUAUGUUAACGACCUCAACGAAUUGGUGACCUAUAUUUUUCUGUUGGAGCUACUUUCUUUCGGUAUGAUGCUGUGUGCGCUUCUAUUUCUCCUGGGUAUCAGUAAUCAACUGGCUCAGAUGGCAAUGAUUGGUUCGUACAUCUUCAUGAUACUGUCACAAAUGUAUGCCCUCUAUUGGCACUCAAAUGAAAUCCGGAGCCUGGAAAUCGGUGAUUCGCUCUACUACAACAGCGCCUGGCUCGAUUUUAGUGUUCCUGUCAAAAAGAUGAUCAUUUUGAUGAUUGCCCGAGCACAGCGCCCAUUAGCGAUCAAGAUUGGAAAUGUCUAUCCGAUGACGCUGGAAAUGUUUCAAGCUUUGGUCAAUGUUUCAUAUUCGUACUACACGCUACUUCGGCGGGUCUAUAAUUGA